ACCACAAACUUAAUACUCAGAAGAAUCUAAGAAUCAAAGAAGCUUUUCCUAUUGCCCUUCAAGCUCUGCUCCUCAUGGGUUUCAUCAUCAUCUUCUUGUUACUCUCUGCAUUACUACGGCGAUCUUGGGCGGUAGAGACAUGUUCUGGACGUGGACUCGAGCUCGAUUCUCUGACUCGUGAACUGCUGGAAUCAGCAAAAGAACCAGAGUUCUUUGAAUGGAUGAGAGGGAUAAGGAGAAGAAUCCACCAGUAUCCAGAGCUGGGGUUCGAAGAGCACAGGACAAGUGAACUCAUCAGGACUGAGUUGGACUCGCUCGGAAUCAGCUACAAGUACCCUGUUGCUAAAACAGGGGUGGUUGCUUCAAUUGGGACUGCUUCUAAACCUGUCUUCUCCCUCAGAGCCGACAUGGAUGCACUCCCCAUUCAGGAACUAGUAGAAUGGGAGCACAAGAGCAAGAUCGAUGGCAAAAUGCAUGCCUGCGGCCAUGACUCUCAUGUAGCAAUGCUACUCGGAGCAGCUAAGCUACUUCAGGAUAGAAGAGAUAGUCUGAGGGGGACGGUGAAGCUAGUUUUCCAGCCCGGGGAAGAGGGUUACUCUGGUGCUUACCAUAUGUUACAGGAUGGUGUUCUUGAGGAUAUAAAUGCCAUCUUCGCUUUGCAUGUUUUGCCAUGGGUAACAACUGGUGUCAUAUCCUCGCGACCUGGUACGAUGCUUGCCGGUUCCGGAGUGUUUUCAGCUACCGUUCAAGGUAAAGGUGGACAUGCAGCAGCGCCCCAUUUGACUACUGACCCGAUUCUUGCGGCGUCAACCGCAGUUGUUUCUCUCCAACAGAUUGUUUCCCGGGAGUCCAAUCCCCUGGAGGCUAAAGUUGUCACAGUUGGAUACAUUGAAGGAGGGAAAGCAGCAAAUGUGAUCCCAGAGACUGUUAAUUUUGGGGGAACUUUCCGUAGCCUGUCCAAUGAAGGUCUUUUCUACCUGAAACAAAGGAUUAAGGAGGUCAUUGAAAAGCAAGCCUCAGUCCAUCAAUGCAGCGCCACGGUUGAUUUCAUGGAAGAGACGCCAUUGCCUUAUCCUGUAACAAUUAACGACGAAGCCCUGUAUGAGCAUGCAAAGAAGGUUUCAGAGUCCUUGGUUGGAGAAACUAAAAUGGAGCUCUUUCCAAUAAUCAUGGGGGCAGAAGACUUCAGCUUCUUCUCACUCAAGACUCCAGCUGCAAUGUUUGGGAUCGGGAUAAGGAACGAGACAGCAAAAUCUGAUAAGCCACUGCAUUCCCCUUACUUUGUCGUUGAUGAAGAAGCUCUUCCUAUUGGAGCAGCUCUUCAUGCUGCUGUUGCGGUUUCAUAUUUCGAAAACCAUGCGCUGUUUGACCAAAACAGAGAUAAAGAUCAUGGUUUGGCUUGUGAUGUGCCUUUGGAAAGGAUCAAACCUACCAUCACAAACACAAAGCAUGGAUGGACCAAUUGAGGUGCAAAUACUGGAAGUUUGCUCUCUAUGUGAGAAUUGAGAGAAACAUGAGAAUGGAUGAGUAUAUAAUAAAUUUGGUCCAUAAAGUUCUAUGUUAAUUAGUCAAAAUUUAGUUCAUCAUCUUCACAUACACGCCAUGGUGGAUCAC